AUGAAUACGAACAUAAUUUUAAUUUUAGAAGGAAUGUAAUGCAUUUGGUGGAUAACAUUAUGCGUCAUUUUCUAAUAAGAUCAAUACAUUAUCAUCAUAGGAUUGUCUUCUGCAUCGAUCCUCAUUAAAAUAGGAUUGUUAAUACAAUUUAGAAAAAAUUUAAAUUCAAGUAAACUAUUAACGAUGCUAUUACUAAUCCUCGUUGAUACUGUCAUCUACACUGAAAUAAAUCUACUCUAUUACCAAGUUUUUAAUCCUUUUUCUCAUUAUACUAACACACUGUUCAUAGCAACUAACACAUAUAUUAUUAAAGAAAUGGUGUCUAAAUAAAUCUCAUAUUAAUUGCUCAUGUUAUUUUAUCCAUGUUACAUUAUGUUGAGACUAUUCUCAAUUGUUUUUAUCAACUUUGAUUAUACAAUUUUAGAAAGUGUAAUUAUCAUACUGGUGUUUGUAAUUGCUAAUUUUGCUGGUGAGAAAUCUCUAGUCUCUGCAAAAAUUCGCCUAUCUUAGUAACUAAAUGAUGAUGAUCAAACAGAUCGACAUAUACGCGAUUUUAAAUUUAAAAAAAUAAAAUAAAAUGAAUCCAGCCAUUUUAAUGAAUAGUCCAAAGACAAAAUGAAGAUAAGGAACCUUAGCAUCCAUUCCAAUAAACCUCAAUCCUACAAUGAUUUGUCUUCAAUCGCUAAAUAAAAGGAAUCUAUUGAUUUAGAUAAAUCAGACUCUUAAUUUAGAUUUUCCUUAGCCAAAAUUUUGCAAAUAAUACCAGAUGGAAUAAUUAUUCUGAAUAAAUAAUAAAAAUUGCAUUUUGUCAAUAAAAAAUGCAUUAAAUUAUUAUAAUGCAAGAAUGAAGAGUUAAUACUGCCAAAACUUAAAGAUUGUUUAAGAAAUCAAAUUAUCAAUAUGGAUAAUUGUACACUUAAUUAACAAACUUAAAAUAACAGAAAAUAUGAAAUGAAUCAAUAAGUCUUGGAAGAAAUAAUAAAAAAGGCAUAAUAAAAUAAGGUUUAAGUCGAUAUUUUUGAUAUUCUACUGAAUUAAAACAAAUAUUUGUUUUAACUUCACUAAGGCACCUAUGAUGGAGAAAAAAGCAGUGUUGAAGAAUCUCCAGUCUCACAAAAUAAUCAAAAUCAAUAUCAUUUCAACCUUUCUUUAGAAUCAAACAAAUCCUUAAAGCUUAAGAUCAUACAAACACAUAUGUCUAAUUAACAACUAGAUUCCAUUCUAUAAAAUGAUAUUUAGAUCUUUGGAGAUUAAAUUAAUCAACCUGUAUUGGUGUUAAUUCUAUAAGAUGUUACCUAUAAACAAAAAUUCCAAAAGGUUGAACUUAAAAAUUAAUAAUUCUGUCAUCUUCUUAAAAAAUAACUGUUCCAAUUAAGAACUCCUCUCAAUUUGAAUCAACAAUACUUAAGAAUUGUUAGUGAUGUAACCAAGGAAUAAGAAUAGGAGAUUACUGAAGGAUUAGAAUUGCUCAAGUGUUCAACUUCUUUUCUUCAAUACUAAAUAAACAAUAUUUUGGAUUUUUUAUCAUAUCAACUUAAUGAAUUUGCAUAUUUUUUCUGCAGAUUCUAAAUCAAUGAUUUAAUCGACGAGAUUGAAUAGGUGUUCAUUCCGUAUAUAUUUCAAAAGAAGAUCUAAUUUUAAAUCAGAUUUUCAUCAAGUCUGUCUGGCAGGUAUUUCAACUCUGACAAAUUGCGAAUAGUUUAAGUGUUGUUAAACAUCCUUAAUCAUUAAUGUAAUAAUAUUAUAAAGGGAGGGGAGGUGGGUCUAACCUUUCUAGCUAAGGAUGAUUUAACCAUUUAGGUGAUUGUUGAAAAUAAUUCUGUGCAAAUGAACAGAAAGAAACAAUUCUCAUUUAAUUAAAUAAUGCUAAAAAGCCAAGAUCUGGACAGCUGUUACGACAUGAUGACUCAUCCAGAACUAGGAUUUGGAUUAAACUUAGCAGCCAGAUUGGCAUCAGGCUUGAUUGAAGAGAAUAACAAUGUAGAAGUGUUAUCGAAUUCUGUUGAUGGUAACAGCAUCAGCUUUUUGAUUCAGGAUCAAAUAAAUAAAAAGUAAUAAGAUUCACUCUUAUAAAAAGAUUAAAUAUAAAUAUUCAAAAAAGAAUAAGAUUACAUUUUGGAUAAGGAAUAGGAUUUAAUAUUUAAAAAGUAAUAAAAUUAAAUUGUGGAUAAAGAAUAAGAUUAAAUUUAGCAAAAGGACUAAGAUGAAAUGUUCUAAAAGGAAUAAACAAGAAAUCAAUCCAAUACUGGUGGAUUUAUGCCUAGGAAUAAAUCUUAAUCCGAAUUAUUGGAAGAUAAUUUUAUUGUUAGAAAAUAUUGCUAUUAGGAUAACACUAAUCAAUAUGAGAAUUCAGAAAAGCUCAUAUAAAAGUCUGAAGGUUUGAAGUCAUACGAAAGUCCAAAUGUAAUUGAGGAUCACAGCGAACGAAUAAUCAUACCUUAAUCAAAUUAUUUUUAAUUUAAAUCUUUUGAAAGUCCAAGGUAAAUAAGAAUAAAUAAGACUUUUUCAUUUAAAAUAUCCACCUUAUAAUUACAUGAAUGCAACUCUACUUGUAAAAGGAUUUUGAUAGUUGAGGAUUAGAUUUUUAAUUAGAUUGCUCUCAAAGCUACUUUAAAUCAUUUUGCAAUAUAAUGUGAUUAGGCAUAUGAUGGUUAUUAGGCAGUCCAAAGAGUGAAGGAAAAGCAACAAACCUCAUGUCCAUUUUAUGAUAUCAUAUUUAUGGAUAUAGAAUUACCAGGAUUGAAUGGAUUUGAUACUUCGAAAGAAGUAAGUUUAUUUGUCUAUAUUAGAUAAUGUCAUUGGGAUGCAAGAAGACAGCAAUUGUGAUUUGUUCAGCUUACGAUACGAAGGAUAACUUAAUGUAAUUUGAACUUUCUGGGUUAUGCGAUUAUCUACAAAAACCAAUACUUUAAAUUGAACUACUCUAAAUUCUCAAAAAAUAUUAAUUAGUUAAAUGAUUAUUGUUUUAUUAUGUCUAAUUACUUUCUGUAAUUCAAUUGAGAUAUAUGUUAAUACAAUAAGACCCAAAGAUAAUCCUUCAGAGACUUACACGUAUUACGAGUUGCCGUAUUGUAAGCCGAGUGAUUUUGAGGAAGUGAUUGAAUCUUUGGGACAAUCAUUAUCUGGUGAUAAAUAGAUGACUUCGGUUUACAAGUUCAAUUCAAAGGAGAAGAUAGAAGAUAAACAGGUAUGUGACAGAAAUUUUACAAAAGCGGAACUGAGAAAAUGGAUCGAUGCAAUAGAUUAAGAAUACAAAAUCGAGUUUUAUUUGGCAGAUUUUGCAAUGCAUGAUAUAGUGGGCAGAUUUUAUGAUGGGCAAUAUUAUCUGAAGAAUAGAAUCACAUUUAAUCUGUAUGUGUCGAAUGACUCUCGAUUGAUGUAUGCUAAUAUCACAACGAAUGAUAAGGAUUUUAUAUCAAUAAAUUCAUAAGAGGAGAAGAAGGAGAUUGGAUUCUACUACACAGUCUAGAUCAAAUAGUAUAAUGAGACAAUGGUCGUCCAUGAUCACAGCGUCAAGUGGAAUCUGUUAAUUUUCAAAAGCAUCUUAAUUUUAGUGUUGGUCAUAAUUGUCAGCCAAGUGUUGAGGAGAUCAAUAUUAAGUGAUUACAGUAAUAUCCCUGAUGAAGAGAAUGAGAUUGAACCUUAAGGAUGGAAGGCAAUCAAGAUUGAAUCGUUGAUGCCUCCAACCAACCGUAUCGUGUUUUCUGCAUUACUUGGAACAGGCAUUCAUUUUUUGAUAACAAUUCUGAUUUUGUUAAUAUUGGGGUCAUUUGAUUUGUUUGAAACUCAUAAGGGGUCUAUAAAAUCAGCAGGAAUCAUCAUAUAUAGUUUUGGCGGAUGUAUUUGAAUGCAUUAUUAAUUUGUGUAGCAAUCAACGGGUAUUAUACGGGGAAGUUCUAUAAGUUUUAUGGAGGCAAGAGUUGGUUAUUGAAUUUGUUCAUAGCAGCAGCACUUUUUCCGAUAUCUGCAAUGUCAAUUCUCUUUAUUAUUGAUGUGCUUUCAUUCUUGUUCGGAACAACAUCCACUCUCUCAUUUACAGCAGUAUUUUCAGUUGGAUUCAUUCUAACAGUAGUGUACUUGCCCUUGACUUUGAUAGGAGGCGUUUCAGGUCGAUUGAGAACCAUAGAUGAGUUGUUUGAAAAAAGGUUGAAGAAGAAAGUGCUCAUCUCUAAUUAUUAGUUUCUAUCAAGUGGGUGCUUAUAUGGAAUUGUGCCGUUUAUGUAAAUUGAAACAUUUAAGUUAUAGAUCGAUCAUUAUGGAACUGUAUUACAUUUUAGAAAGUACAUGGAGUGAUCAAUAAUUUGAGUAAUACACCUUGUUGAUCUUUUCCUAUAUUCAAUUAUUGAUUAUAGUAGGUUGUCUAUCUAUUAUCCAAACUUAUAAGCAAUUGAAUCAGGGCAAUUAUAAUUGGCAAUGGAUAUCAUUCAUCAAUGGAGGACAAUGCAUCAUAUACAUCUUCGGAUUUAUCUUCUUUUAUUAUUACUUUGUGAAUAUGCAUGGGUUCUUUUAAUUUUUAUUCUAUUUUGCAGAAAGCAUAUUGGCAUGUUUUGUCUUAUGGCUGAUGUUGGGAUUUGUGAGUUAUUGGAUAUCAUUGAAAUUUGUGAUUUAUAUUUAUUCAUAAAAUAAGAUUUAAUGA